AUGUUGCCUGGUCGCCCUUCCUUCGGCACCGGCAUCGUCUUUCGAAGGCGACGGCCACUGACGAAAAAAGGAGUGAAGAGGAAAGCAGACACCACCACGCCGACCACGAUAGACCCCAUCCACGAGUCGUCGUCCCUGCCCGCCGAACCCAAGUCCACCAAGCUGGGCCCGCGCCGGGAGAGCAGCCGCCCGGUGAAGCCGCCAAAGAAGGACGUCCCCGACUCGCAGCAGCACGCGGCCGAGAAGAGCAGCAAAGUGUCGGAGCAGCUCAAGUACUGCGGUGGCAUCAUCAAGGAGAUGUUCGCCAAGAAGCACGCCGCCUACGCCUGGCCCUUCUACAAGCCCGUGGACGUCGAGGCCCUGGGGCUGCACGACUACUGCGACAUCAUCAAGCAUCCCAUGGAUCUGAGCACCAUCAAAUCCAAACUGGAGAACCGGGAAUACCGCGAUGCUCAGGAAUUCGCCGGCGACGUGCGCCUGAUGUUUUCCAACUGCUACAAGUACAACCCCGCCGAUCACGAGGUGGUCGCCAUGGCCCGCAAGCUGCAGGACGUGUUUGAGAUGCGCUUCGCUAAGAUGCCCGACGAGCCCGAGGAACCCGUGAUCCCGGCCUCGUCGCCCGUGGUGGUGCCGCCUCCCACCAAGGUGGCUCCCCCUUCGUCGAGCGACAGCAGCAGCGAUAGCUCCUCGGACAGCGACAGCUCGUCGGACGACUCCGAGGAGGAGCGAGCUCAGCGAUUGGCCGAGCUCCAGGAACAGCUUAAAGCAGUGCAUGAACAGCUUGCAGCCCUGUCGCAGCCCCAGCAGAACAAACCAAAGAAGAAGGAGAAAGACAAGAAGGAGAAGAAGAAGGAGAAGCACAAAAAGAAGGAGGAGCUGGAAGACGCCAAGAAGAGCAAAGCCAAGGAGCCGCCGACCAAGAAGGUCAAGAAAAGCAACAGCAACAGCAGUACCUCCAGCAAGAAGGAGCCCGUGGCGGUGAAGAACAGCAAGCCCCCUCCAACCUACGAAUCCGAGGAGGAGGAGAAGUGCAAACCCAUGUCCUACGAGGAGAAGCGCCAGCUCAGCUUGGACAUUAACAAACUCCCGGGGGAGAAACUGGGCCGAGUCGUCCACAUCAUCCAGUCGCGAGAGCCCUCGCUGAAAAACUCCAACCCGGACGAGAUCGAGAUCGACUUUGAGACGUUAAAACCCUCCACGUUGCGGGAGCUGGAGCGAUACGUGACGUCGUGUUUGCGGAAGAAGCGGAAACCGCAAGCCGAGAAGGUGGACGUCAUAGCCGGCUCCUCCAAGAUGAAGGGCUUUUCCUCCUCCGAGUCCGAGAGCAGCAGCGAAUCCAGCUCCUCCGACAGCGAAGAUUCAGAAACAGGCAGGAAUCUCUUGGAAAAAACAGGGAUAACCAUCCGGGGCGGCAUCCGCCCGGCUUAUCCGUUUGAUCCGGCAGCUCACGAGGGUCUCCAGGCGCGCGGCAGCGUCGCUUCCUCUUCCCUGGCUUUGGUUCCUAGGAGCGGGAACACUUGGAUCCCGGAGCUGGCGCCGAAGGCCAAGAAGAAGGGACACGGCGGGCGCGAGCCCAAAAACCGUCCUGCCACUAACCAUGUCACUAACUGUCCCCUCGUUGUCUUGCAGAGCUGGCGCCGAAGGCCAAGAAGAAGGGACACGGCGGGCGCGAGCCCAAAAAGAGUCUCAGAGACUUUUGGGAGCCUCUGGGACUCCCUGGAGGCUUUCCGGAGUCUCCGAGACUUCCUGGAGUCUCCAAAUCUUUACGGAGUCUCCAAGACUUUCUGGAACCUCGGAGACUUUUUGGAACCUCUGAGAUUUUUCUGGAGUCUCCAAAACAUUCCAGAGUCUCAGAGUCUUUCUGGCAAGGAGAGGCAGAAGCAGGAGCCCAAAACGCCCGUCGCCCCCAAAAAGGACCUGAAGAUCAAAAACAUGGGCUCGUGGGCCAGCCUGGUGCAGAAGCACCCCACCACGCCGUCCUCCACGGCCAAGUCCUCCAGCGACAGCUUCGAGCAGUUCAAGCGGGCGGCGCGGGAGAAGGAGGAGCGCGAGAAGGCGCUCAAGGCCCAGGCGGAGCAGGUGGAGCGGGAGAAGGAGCGGCUGCGGCGGGAGCAGGAGCGCAUGAGGAGCCGCGACGACGAGGACGCCCUGGAGCAGGCGCAUGGCGGCCACCAUCGACAUGAAUUUCCAGAGCGACCUCCUGGCAAUAUUUGA